GGGACAACGGGACAACGGGAUUGAUAUAAACCCCUAUCCAGCCGAUUACCAAACUCAAUUUGGUAGGUGUGGUAUUGUCAAGGUUUCGGCCCGUCCGGUCAGCGGGGUCGGGUCUGCCGAUAUUUGAGUUCAGCUUCCCGUUCUGGUAGAUAGCUAUCUACACUUACACCAUUCACAUCAUUGUGACUCUUUGCACCAUUGUAAAUACUUACACUAUUUGUACAAGAGGGCUGAAUUAAUCUUUGUCAUAUGUUUAGCACUUUGACCAUGUAUAUCACCCAAGCUCUUCUCAUAAUAUCCGCUCUUUUUCUACCUAUCAGCGCCUCCAACAGCAACUCCUCCAAGCGCCAUGGGAAGCCAAUCAUAAUCGAUACCGACAUCCUCUCCGACGUCGAUGAUGUUGGGUCAUUGGCCGUCGCGAAUGUGUUGCACAAUUGCGGGUUAGCAAACCUCCUUGGAGUUACCAUCAACACACAUUCGAGUUACGGCGCAUUAGCCGUGAGUGCUAUCAACACCUACUUCGGCAACGCGGACGUUCCGAUUGCGGCCAUCCGUCCGUUCACCAACGAGACUUUCUUUGACUCUCGAGAAUAUGUUCUGAGUGAAUAUGUCUCCAAGGUAGCCUACAACUGGCCUCGAUCACUAAACGACUCGUCGGCAACACCGACCCCCGUAGAGCUAUACCGCUCAAUAUUGUCUUCGUCAGAAGAUAAAAAUGUCACAAUCAUCUCAAUUGGCUUCUUGACUAAUCUCGCCGAGCUAUUGAACAGCCCUGCUGAUGAUAUAUCACCUCUCACGGGCUCUAGUCUCGUGUCCGCCAAGGUAAAGGAGCUGGUAGUCAUGGGUGGCAAGUACCCCUCCGGCUGGGAGUUCAACUUUGGGGGCUCCGAUCCUGUGUCGGCCCGUCAAGUCGUCGAGAGCUGGCCGCGCGAUGUGCCUAUCACGUAUUCCGGUUUCGAGCUGGGCGAUGAUAUCUUCUCCGGCCAGCAACUUAAAGACCUUGCGCCUGCCGAUUCGCCUGUUCUUGCGGCAUAUCAGUGGUAUGUGGGUCGCUGUAGCACAAUCAGAGAGUCGUGGGAUCCGGUCACCACACUUUACGGGAUAUUAGGCCUCGAGGGGUCCAAAGAGCUCUGCGGUCAGAAACUAUUUGCGUAUGCGAACAAGAAUGGAUAUAACACAGUGUCGGCGACUGAUGGCUCCAAUGCAUGGGUGAAUAGCACCGAUGUCACGAAUCAACACUGGCUACAACUUGCAGACGGAGUCACGAAUACGACUGUUUCCUGGGUGCUGAACAGACUUUACGCUCAUGAUCCUUCGGAUAAAACAUGCUCGACCUACAAAACACGAGACUUCUCGGGGCUCAAUGGCCUGUGCCGCGGCAAAGAUUCUAUUGGAACAUGUCACUCUUAGCUGAUAUCAUCCAUGAAUUCCCCAAACGUAAUAUCUAACACACUCCGGUUACCCCCAAGGCCGAUCUCACCACUAAUUUGAAGACAACGAAUUCAAAACACGUACGCACGAUCAGCGAGUUAAAUGCAUCAAUUCGAUGAGCGCCGCGAUAAG